GACGACGGACCGUGGGUUUAGGGGAAGCCGCCACCCCCGCAGCGAGAACAGGAGAGAGAUUCCCGAUUCCACUCCAACUCUCAGCAGUCCACCACUCCACCGCACCUUUCCUCCCCCUCCACUCCCCCGCAAGGCAGACCCUCCCCGCGCCGCCUCCUUCUCCAGCUCCGGCGAGGCGAGGCCGUCGUCGCCCUCCACCUCCUUCCGCAUCCCCAUCCCCUCCCUGACCAAGGAUCUGCACCGCCGCCACCCGUUCCCUUGCUGUGCGCCGUCCCCCCUUGAAAUCGCGCCCCCGGAAUCGCGCCGCCGCCAACCCUGCCCUCUUCCUGCGCCGCCCCUGCCCUCUCCCGCCGCCGUCGCGCCUCCGGAUCCGCGCCGACGCCCCUGCCGUCCCCCCGACCGAAGCAACGCCGCCUGCCUCGCCCUUGCUGUGCGCCGCUGCCUCCCCCUUUUGGAAAUCAGGAGCUAUAUGAGUAGUGGAUAAGUUGAAUUUUGAGGCCAUUGGGUACUCUCAGGGGAAGUGCAUUGAUAGCCUUACCAUUAACUUCCUAAGAUGGCUACUCAGUUACCAUGCUUCACACAGCUCAGUCCACCAUCUUCUAAUUGGGGAAAUGAAGCUGCAAUCUGCAAGGAUACAUCUGGUAGGGCAUUUGUCAGAAGUACUCGAGCUUUGAGUCAUUUUCACUUCCAGUGCUGUGCAAGGCCCCGCAGUGCCAACUCUUUCCAGAAGAAAGACUCGUUCCUUGACCUUCAUCCAGAGGUGUCUCUGCUCCGUGGUGAGAAGAAUGUUGAGGUUGUGGACCCAUUGAAAGGUGCUUCUGAUGGAAGUCCGUUAGAGGGGCUGGGAUUGCCACCAGACCGGAGUGAUUAUAAUGAGGCCAAGAUCAAGGUUGUUGGAGUUGGAGGUGGGGGUUCAAAUGCUGUCAACAGGAUGAUUGAGAGCUCUAUGCAUGGUGUUGAGUUUUGGGUCGUGAACACUGAUGUGCAGGCGAUAAGAAUGUCUCCUGUGCUUCCUCACAAUAGGUUGCAGAUUGGGCAGGAGCUGACACGUGGUUUGGGAGCAGGGGGAAACCCUGAUAUUGGUAUGAAUGCAGCAAAAGAGAGCAGUGAAUCCAUACAGGAAGCACUUCAUGGUGCUGACAUGGUUUUUGUGACGGCUGGAAUGGGUGGAGGGACUGGAACUGGAGGCGCUCCUGUAAUUGCUGGAAUUGCCAAGUCAAUGGGUAUACUUACUGUUGGUAUUGUCACUACGCCUUUCUCAUUUGAGGGGAGGCGGCGGGCAGUUCAAGCACAGGAAGGAAUAGCAGCUUUGCGAAAUAGUGUGGACACCCUAAUUGUCAUCCCAAAUGACAAGUUGUUAUCUGCUGUUUCUCCAAAUACUCCUGUAACAGAAGCAUUCAAUUUGGCUGAUGAUAUCCUUCGACAAGGCAUUCGUGGCAUAUCUGAUAUCAUUACGGUUCCUGGAUUGGUUAAUGUUGAUUUUGCUGAUGUGCGUGCCAUCAUGCAAAAUGCAGGGUCAUCUUUGAUGGGUAUAGGGACUGCUACAGGAAAGUCAAGAGCAAGAGAUGCCGCCCUUAAUGCCAUUCAGUCACCUCUGCUAGAUAUUGGAAUUGAAAGAGCUACAGGCAUCGUAUGGAAUAUCACUGGGGGAAUGGACCUGACUUUGUUUGAGGUAAAUGCAGCCGCUGAAAUAAUCUACGACCUCGUUGAUCCAAAUGCCAAUCUGAUAUUUGGUGCUGUCAUAGACCCAUCACUGAGUGGUCAAGUGAGCAUAACCUUGAUUGCUACUGGAUUCAAACGGCAGGAUGAACCAGAGGAUCGCAGCCCAAAGGUCGGCCAGCAGAUCCAAGGUGAGAAUGGCCGACGCCCAUCCUCCACAGAAGGCAGCAUGGUGGAGAUCCCCGAGUUCCUUCGACGAAGAGGCCCUUCUCGCUUCCCACGAGUUUGAACCAGGCUUCCCCCUUGUCCCGCCCUGUAUGAUAUACCUCCGUUAGGUCAGAUGGCUCCUGCAAGGCACCGAAGCCUUCCAGAUUAGGUGUUCUCGGUAGUGGUUCUUGUUCAGUUUUGUUUGCUCCUUCGUGCGCCAUAUUUCUCUAGUCUUUCAGUCAAUAAUGUGUAGAAGUGAGCUUGCUAGUGCUAUAGAAGAAUGUGUUUCCUUUUACACUGAUCUGCUCGACAUUGUCUGUCCUGCUCUGAUUCCUUCGACUUGCCGGCACUUCAGCUGAAAACAUCUGUUUGUCCUAGUUAAGGUCCAUUUUGGUGCUCCUGUGCUGUGCCGCAGCGACGAACCUAGCUUGUUCCGUUAUGGGAUCCUCAAAGGCUAUGGCACCUUAGCAUCUCUUAUGGUGCUUGUCCAGCACCACUGGUAGGGUGUAAGCACAGCAACGCUAUAGUUUAUGUUGUGAAACACCUCGUUAA